ACAAGGACAGAGGGAGAGGGAUGCUGCUGCAGCAGGGAUCAGGCCUCACCAAGCUAGGAACAAAUAGAAAGAUCGGAAUGACUGAUGCUGAUGAAACCAAGACUUCAGCUUUUGACCACUUUGAAGAUUCCCAAGAUCUAAUAUAUACUCCUCAAGAACAGUCUAAUGUGCAUGAACAUGUAACUGCAAGGAAUUCAUGUUUAGGCUCUGCACAGAAAGAUUCUGUAUGUGAAAAAUCUUCACAGGAAUCCUACACUAGUGGUAGAUCUUCCAAAUAUUUCACCUACUUGACCGCUGUUCCGACCAAUGCUUUGCUGGAUGACAACAAUUCAGAGAUUGACCUUUCAGAUUCUACUAGCAGCUUGAUUCAACAUGAGUGUAACAUUACACCGGCAGCUCGAAGUUCAACAAGACACUUCAUAAACUCUCCAGCAAAUACAUUAGACAGAGACACUUCCACUGAAUCCUCUCUAGACCCUGGGUCUCCAUUUAAGUUGGCCAAAUCCCCAGGGCUGUCUAGAUGUGCACUCAAUUUGAAAACCAGUUUUGACUAUCACUUGAGGAGGAAGUAUAGGAGACAAGCACAUCAAAGUUGUAAGGAGAAACCAAAAGAGAGAGAGAAGAGGUACAAGAGCACAGGAAAACCUAGAGGAAGACCUCGGCUAACUCUUCCACAAGAAGAGCAGAAAAAAAGACUUCUAGACAGAGGCUUUCAGUUUCCUUUUGUGGAAAAAGAAUAUGGAAGGAAACAUAUCCCCAUGAAAAUGACUUCUGAAUAUGAGGAAGCAGCUUUAAAGGGAUAUUUCCAAUACAUUAAGAUGCUCAAAUGUGAAGAACAUCUCCAAAAGGCUUUAAAAAAUCUGAAUGCUAGUGAGGAUUUAGAAAAUGAAUGUAUGGCAAUGCGGAAACACAAAUACAUAGAUGACGAAGGACCCAUUUCUCCUAUUCAGGAGACAAAUGGAGAUGACUACAACUUGGAUCCUGAUCAAGAAGAAUUUGGUGCCACAAUAGUUGAGAACAGCUGUUUCAUAUUAAGCAGCAAACUUCCAAGCAAGAAAAAGUCAAAGACAAAAGCGAAGCAUGCAAAACUGAUCAGAGAAGAUGAAGAGGGGGAAGAACAUGCUGCUGAUGGGCCUGGGCCUGUACAGGAGAUACUACACAGAUCAGAAAACUAGUACAUCAUGGAAUCCCGUAAAUGCUGGUUGCUGUAACCCUGAUCCUGAGCAUACAUAUCUUCAUAUGCUGCUCCACUUGUCAACAAAACAUUCACUUCAAACAAAUGAUGUUCAGCAUUCAACUUAAACUUUCAGUUAUUGCAAGUGAUUGAUGUAGCAUCAUCAAGGUUGUAGCAUCAUCAAGGUUGUAAAUGUAUAACUUCAGUCUCCUUUGGGCAUGAACAUGGCAAACAUCUCAGUGUGGUUUGAAAAACUUCAUGCUGGAUUUGGGAAUGGAGUUGUUGCUGGUUCAAUUGGCCUUUUUUGGAGAGAGAAAAAGGAACCAUUUCAGUUUAUUGCUCCUGCAAGAGUUUCUGGAACUUCCAAAAUACAUUGAAAUCAAGAUGGAAAUAUGUAGCUAGUUGGUGAAAAGGAGCAUUUCCUAUGACAUUCUGACUGUAGAGACACACAGCCUGACUGCAGUCACUGUCAGGAAGAUCAUCUUCCUACCAAGAAGGGAGUCCAAAUAACUGUGGAACACUCGGUCACCAAUCACAUUUUCUUCUGUUAUCUUGGUGGAAUACAUGUUUAGAAAGCAAGGCAAGUGAAGUGAUUUACAAAGAAGCUUUGUCAACCAGAAAUUAGAUGCCUGUUCACAAGGCACUAGCUUAGUUAACACUCAACAUGGAUUGAAAAUCUUGUCACAAAAGGAAAUGGGCAAAUUGCUGGGGACUUCACUACACUACUAGACACACCAGAUUUCAUUAUGAUAGAAUUGUUUGGAUGACAGUAUCAUGACACCAACUUUGUCUUUUGCUGACAAAUCACUGAUCGGAAAUCCCAAAUGAAGACCAGGAAUAAACAUGGAUAUGGAAAAGACUUUCUGGUUGUAUUGCGAAGCAGUCUCGGAUGAUGACCCAGCGCAUGUUGCUCACUUUAAGAACACUUUCACUGCAGAUUUGACAAAAUGCAAAGAAGGUACCAAUGAGAUUUCUAAAGAUAACUACAGUACUCCACCCAAGGUUUAAAAAUCUGAAGUGCUUUCCAAAAGCUGAGGGACAAGGUGUGCAGCAUGCUUGCAAAAGUCUUAAAAGAGCAACAUUCCCAUGCAGAAACUACAGAACCCGAACCACCAAAAAACCCAACCGUCUGCUAAUGGCAUCUGACUCAGAUAACGAAAAUGAACAUGCAUUGGUCUGCACUGCUUUGGACUGUUACUGAGCAGAACCCAUAAACAUGGACGCAUGUCCCUUGGAAUGGUGGUUGAAGCAUGAAGGGACAUAGGAAUCUUUAAUUGCAUCUGGUACAUAAAUAUCUUGUGAUGCCGGCUACAACAGUGCCAUGAGAACCUGUUGCUUUCAGGUGACAUUGUAAACAAGCAGGGAGCAUUAUCGCCAGAUGUAAACAAACUUGUUUGAGCAAUUGGCUGAAUAAGAAGUAGGACUGAGUGGAUUUGUGGGCUCUAAAAUUUUAUUUUUAUUUUUGAAUGCAGUUUUGUACAUAAUUUUACAUUUAAGUUUAACCAUGAUAGAGAUUGCACUAAGUACUUUUGAGAUUAAUUGAAAAACUUUUUACAGUGCAAAUACUCGUAAUCAAAGUGAACACUGUACACUUUGUAUUCUGUAAUUGUAAUAAUUCAAUAUAUUUGAAAAUGUAGAAAAGAUCCAGAACUAUUUAAAUGGUAUUCUAUUGUUCAACAGUGCAUUAAUAAAUUACAUUUUUUUU